AUGCCCCAACUCCUUGGAGCCGCCGACUCCUUCAACUCGUCCUCGGCCACCGUCCGGGCCGGCGGCGACGAUAACAACCGCCGCUUCGCCCGCGCCGCACCGUCUACCACCACCGGUGCCCAGCUGGGACCCGCUGCCAGCAUCGGCCGCGAGCUUGAUGCCAUCAUUGGCGGGCGCGCCGGCGUGCUCCAGAGCGAGACGGCUGUGGGCGAUGAGAACCUCUUGAACCGCUACCUGCGCGAGUUUGCCAACGCCAACGGUAACGCAAGCUUCACAGGAACGGCGUCCACCUCCACUACCAUGAGCACUUCGGCGCCACUCGCGCGCCAAGUGUCCGAGUUCAACCCUCUCCAGUUCUUGAAUGACCCGGACACGAGCGGCGGCACGUUCUUCAGCGACCUGGCGCUCGGCGCUGGUGCCCUUGGCCCCGCAUCAGUCAACCCGGCUACCUUUGCGUACCAGAAGAGCGGCGCUCAAGACAACACCGCGCUGUAUCGCCCCAGCUCGGCCAUGUCCAAUCACUCGCGGCUGAGUCUGAGCUCCACCGAUGUGGACACGGACGGCUUCUACACCACCGACAUGGACACAGACGUGGACGGCGACGCCGGAGACGCAGACCACGUCUCGCCCAACCCUCUGGCCGGGAUCCGCGGCCUCAACCUCGGGCCCUCGGGCACAGCGACCAUCUCGCCGUCGGCCGACGCCUUGGGCUCGGCGCGUCCCCACCACGCCAGGGGCAGCGGUGCCGCUACCUCUGCAGCCGCGCAGCUUCCCCAGUCCCCGCUCAACGCCAUUGGCAGCAGCUCGUCCCGCGCCCUGGGCCAGAAACGCAGCGUGCGCGGUGUCACGAGCCGCGAGGAAGAGGAGGCGCGCCGAAUCGAGCGCAUCGAGCACCGCCGCUCGAUCAACCGCAAGAGCGCGCAAAAGCACCGUCUGCGCAGGAAGGAGGAGCUCGUCGACCUGUCGCAGCAGGUCGCCGAGCGCGACGAGCGUAUCCGCUUUCUCGAGCGAGAGCUCGCAGUCGCGCACGCCCGCAUCAACCAGAUGGCCACGUUCCUCCAGAGCUUCAAGAAGGACGGCAGCAAGUAG